AUGGAUAACAGUCCUGAAGACGAGAAGGCAGGAUGUGACUAUGGGGAAGUCAUUUUCCCACCUUACAAGCACACAGGCCACCAUGAGGGUCAGGAAAGCCUGACUUCUCCUGUGGAGGACGCCAAGACUGAGCAUGGCAAAGGCAGAGAUGUAGCCCAAUUUCCUUAUGUGGAGUUCAUGGGACGGGACAGUGUGACAUAUCCCACGUGUCAGGGCACUGGGAGGAACCCCAGAGGACAGGAAAAUCAACUUGCGGCAUUGAUUCCAUAUAGUGACCAAAGGUUGCGGCCCAGGAGGACGAAGUUGGAUGUCACAGUGUCAGUGGCAGUCUGCCUGUUACUGUCCAGUCUGGCUGUCUUCUUCCUCUUGCCUCGCUUCAUCGAUGUGUCCUAUGUUGGAGUUAAAUCUGUUUUUGUCAGCUACAACCAGGAAGGGCGUAGCGUCUGUCUCAACAUCACGAACACUCUAAACAUCACCAACAACAACUACUACUCAGUGGAAGUGGCCAACAUCACAGCCCAAGUGCUGUUUGCCAGGAUUGUAAUCGGUAAAUCUUGCAUCAGUAACAUCACUGCCAUCAGUCCUCUGGACAUGAAACAGAUGGAUUAUAUGGUUUCCACCAUCAUCGCAGAUGAGCUGAGCUACAUAUAUGACUACUGCACUCUGCAAACCAUCAAGGUUCACACCAUUGUCAUCAUGAUGCAACUGACCGUCACCACCGUGUACUUCGGCCAUGCAGAGCAGGUGUCUCAGGAGAUGUACCAGUAUGUGGAUUGUGGAGGGAACACCACCUCUAUCAGAGGGAUAACCAAACCAUUCACCAUUCCACAUCCCAUUGAAUAACCCCUUUAACUGUCCUCGGUAUUGGUCCAGACACAGGCCCUGUGCUGCUAUCAUGAUGCCAUGGUAUUUACUUCUAUACAAACACUAAAAGAAAUCCACACAGUAGAAAAUGUACCUAGGAAAGUUUCCAAAGCAGUAGUCUUGAUGUGGUGUCUGGAAGCACAUUGCAUUUGGCAAAAACAAAUUUAAAAAGCAGACUUUAGCUUGUGAUUAUGAAUUUUCAUUUAUUUUUGAUGUGCUUGACCUGUAUUUAUUUCACAGAA